AUGAACUUUAUCACCUCAUUGUUUACGGCUCCAACAACAAAAAAACUAAAAGCCAACAAGAAGAAACCAAUGAAAAAGCAAAAUAUUGUUCAUGCUAAUCAUCAUCAUCAUCUGGAUCAACGAUCUCCCAUUCAACGAUCACAAUUAGAUUUUAAUAAUUAUUUGAUGAGAGAUGAUACUAAACCAACACAAGUCUUCUUAUCAAAAUCGGAAUAUUAUGAGGAGGGAAUAACUGAUGAUAUUUACAUGAUGGGGAAAAUGACUUCCGAUUCAAUGAUUGUUUUAACGAGGAAGGGAAGGAUUUAUGUGCAUGUUGAGCAAAAGUGGAAACCUGUUGAUUUGGAACAUGAAUUUGUUGUGGAUUUUGAGAUUUCGCCAAUUAAUGUGAUAUUAAAAACUAGAUUGGGAAAUUUAUAUGGAGCCACUACUUACAAUACAUGGAAUCAAGCUGGAACGACAAUUGGAUCGCCAUCGAUGGCCGAUUUGAGGUUUGAAUUGGUACAGAGAAAUGAUGAAUUGGUGGAUGUAAAGACAGGUUAUGGCCACAGUUACUUUUUAGAUAUGAAUAGAGAGCUGUAUUUUUGUGGAAAUUCAGGAUUUGGUCAAUUGGCUUGUAGUGGUGAUAGAGCACAUGAUAUGACAAAGAUUUCGAAUAGUAAAAUCAAAGGAAGAAGGGUCAAGAUUAUUGCCUCUGGUUUUGCUAAUUGCCUUGCUGUAUUUGAGGAUGGUAACGGACUUGUUUGGGGAAAUAACGAUCACAAACAACUUGGCUAUGAAAAACACUUUUGCAUCACUAAUCCGAAACCUCUCGAUUUACCUUCAGAUAAUGAAAUUAUUGGACUCUCUGCUGGCCAAAAUAUUUCAUUGGCCAUGACUAUUGCUCACGAAAUAUUCAUUGCUGGAUCAUUUAUGGGAACUAUAGAUGUUUGGAGAAAGAUUGUGGAGAUUGAUUUUUCACCUCAAUCAAUCUUUGAUGCUUAUAUUAUUUAUAAUGAUGUUUACAUUCUUUCUACCAGUAAGUUAUUUUAG